AUGACAAUUUUAAAAAAAAUUUAUGGACCUGAAAAAUUUCACGUUACUUCUAAUGCAGUGAAGAAAUUUAUGAAUGAGUAUUCGCCAGAUUUUUUUCUUGAACCAAAUAAAAAGUUUCAGGAUGUGGAAAAUUAUACAAAUGUUUUUAGUCUUUUAGAAGCAUUAAGUGAAAAGAAGGGACCUUCUGGUCAUAAGAGCUACUUUGCAAUUGGACGUUUUAUACAUACUUAUUGCAAAGAUCAGGAAUCUAAAAAUUUAGUGUUUAAUAUCUUGGAUAAAAAUCUUAAAAUAGG